AUGAUUGGCUGGGAACGCUUCCCGCGCGUGCCCCCAUCGGGGCGUGCGGUCAAACAACACCACGAACGCAGAGCGCGUCAGUGGAACGAAGGUAUUCGCCGCAAAGAAACCGAGUACGAAGCUCGAAUGCGAGAGUUAGGCGAGCAGCUGUUGGACCUUGCUAGCCGGAACCCGCAAAAGCUCCCACAUAUCCUUUCCAAUGACCAGAUUUCGGCGUGGUUCAAUGAACAAGACUUGUGCUGGAACCGAUGGGCGACAACCUUUGGUCAUCAGGAUGGGAAUCGACUCGGUGGCAGUCUCCAUCCACUGCAGCUGCAAGAGUUGUGUGGCGACGUCAGGGGAUUCGUUCGUAUGACCGACGCGGGCGGCCUUCCAGCAGAGCUCAUCGACGGUGGCAAAGAAGCUGUGCACACCCUUCUAAACGGCAUGCUGGCGCACUUCAUCUGCGCUGAAAUUAUCGCGUCGCCGAUGUGGGUGUUUGUCGCCGCAUCCCUCGGGACUCUGGAAAGCCCUGGUAUCGUUCCAUCCAAACCUGUCCCGGGUCUGCCGGGCUUUCGCAUGGACAUGAAUAGCUUUGGCGACGUCGCACCCCUCCGAACCGAGCCAUUCCAAACCCCGCGGAGCCCCCAGUUCCCCCCGCCCCUGAUCACUUCCAUGAUGCCAUCUCUUGGCACCAGCGCCUCAUUUCUUGGUCUGCCUCUGAAGGCGGAUAUGGAACGACUUGUGCACAUGCUCACAGAUGCUCAGGAUGACGACGCCAGAGUGACUGCGCAUCACUGGAGGGCUCAGAUGAUGCGGCUGUUUGCCGACGGAGGCUUCAGUAUCAAGGAUGUUGCCGCUGCGGGCCGGAACGAGUCUCGCCGGACAUUUGUGGAAUCACGUCUGAACUAUGCACGGAAGCUGAAAGAACGUUUUCUGGGUGGCUCUGCGCGGUUUUUACUCCAGGACCAAGACGCAGGCGGUAUCGAGAAGCUCGAGGGUAUGCUGACGGAUAUCAUCGACGACGCCUUAAGAUUCUCAAGCAGAUUAUGGACACGGAUGGCACCCGUACGUUUGCACGGAUGGAGAGAUUUGGGAAGCAAGGAGGUCAGGGCCACAACCCCCCUUGUCACCCUCUGUCAUGCCCAGGUCGAAGUCGAAUCUCACAACCACCGUACCGAGGCUUCCAAAGAAAAGCCAGCUGGCUCGUCACAGCAGGACAGCCAAACCGACCACCCAAUGGUGAUGGCCGUGCAACCGGCAGUAAUCACGGACAGCAUCAACCUCCCAGUCGCCAGCGGCGAAACCAAAGACGACGGCAUGGCCUUGGUCUGGCUGAAAGCACGGGUCAUGGUUGCAGGCCCAAUGUCAGUGGAAGCCCAAGAGUCGUCCGAUGCAGUGCGCCAGACUUCAACACGACUGAACAAAGGGCGGACGGAUGAGCCCGCGAUCACGUCGCCGAGUUUGGAAAAAACAGUACAUACCCCUCGCACUCCUGAGGCAUUCGAAGUGUUGCCCGCUGCAUCGUUUCAGGCGUCGGCAGAACCAAAGGGGUAG